AGUACCUGCUACUCUUCAGCACGGAGUACAUACUUCGCCGUGUAUUUUUUAUAUAUUGAACUGGACUGGCGCAGUGGAGAAUGACUUCCAACAUGGAGGACGAUGAUCUUGAUCUCCUCAAUGAAGGAACAGCUGGUGCAGCUUCGCAAUCUGUCCGGAAAACGAUCAACUUAAAGUUACGUCCAGAAAGCAAAGGUCGAGGGCGUAAAGCUGCAAAGAAUGUCAAGAAGAUAAAACAAGAAUCUCCACCUCCUGAUGAUGACGAGGAGGAAAUGGAGGAGGAACGAGAAAGGGAAAGGGAAAGAGAAAGAGAACGAGAAAAUGCACUGCUCAACCAUGAAAAUAUUCAACUCUCGCCGGUGAAAGACCGAGAACCAUGGACUCCCACCCAGACGGUCUCUUGGACCAACAAGGUGAAUUUGAUUGGAGAGAAAGUGCUUGACCCUAUGAUUCAUAGCUGUGACACAUGCAGCCUUCCCAUUCUCAUCUACGGCCGGAUGAUUCCUUGUAAACACGUCUUCUGCUUCAACUGUGCUAAAAAGACAGAGAAAAACUGCCCAAGGUGUGAAGAAUCCGUGCAACGUAUUGAACAAUCGGCUCUCGGUACAGUGUACAUCUGCGCGUUCGGUGGAAGCAGACACACGCCAAAAGGUUGCAAGAGAACUUACCUAUCCGCAAGAGACUUACAAGCUCAUAUUGGCCAUCGCCAUUUAAAGGCUGUUGAAGCCAAGGCUAAGAAAUCGGGUUCGGGACAAAUUCCGGGUGCCGCAACAAGUGCGUCCCUCACGGCGUCGACUGGCAAUCCAUUUAAGAUCACACUGCCGGAUUUAGGAGCACAGGCGAAGAUUAGUGUUGGUGUAUGUGCAGUGUCGCAUUCUCAGCCUGUGCAGACGCAGGCUCCGAUGCAGCAACCGCAGGUUUCAAUGGCGCGGCCGGAACAAGCUUACCAGACUCAGACACAGGAGGUGUAUGUUCAGCAUGCCCCGCCACCGCAACCUCAGAUGGUGCAGCAUCCUCAACCUGUGCCACCUCCAGCGUCAAUGUCACAUUCACAACCUCCACCAGACUCUUUUAGAGGUUCAAGUAUUCCUGUCUUGUCCUCAAGGACGAAUUUGAUAUCGAUACCGAUCCAAGGUGUUCAGCAUCAACAGCAUCAGGAGUACAAGCCUCCGCAGAUGCAGUAUCCCCAGGUCUCGUUUCAACAAUCGAGACCACCAGGGCCUGCCCCAAUCUCCGUAUCUCAGCCUUUCCCAUCCCAUUCACAUGCACCUCCAAUGAGGCAAGCUCCGCCACAGUCCUUUCAUGCCCCCAUGUCGCAUGCUGGGAAUCCUAUAAGUUACGCCACAGCCCCGAUGUCUAUGCCAGGGCCCAUAAUGGUACCCUCCCAAAUGCCCCCACGGCCUUCUGUUGCCCUCUCUAGUGGACCCGGUGGACCACCAAUGCAUCCUCCUCCAAUGAACGUACCCCCACCACAUAUUGGGCCUCCACCAGGCCACCCACAAGGUAUGCCUCCCCCACAGCGCUACCCUAGCCCCCACAGGCAGUAUGAAGAGACUCCGAUGUCCCCCUCAUAUAAUCAGCCAGGGGGACACAGCCCUAGACCUCCUUGGCCAGGUUCGGGACCACCACGUGGCCCCCCAGGGGGACCUCCUGGGCCUGUCCCUCCCAGGCCCAAUGUUUCAGCACCCCCACCUUUGAGGCCCCCAGACAAUUUUCAGUACUUCCAUUAAUGAGGCAAGGCUCAUUUGAAAGAAGACAUUUGUGCUUCAUUGCAUUUGACUUGAGCAGAUUUCUGUAUUUUAAUAUGAGUGUACAUGUCAUCUUCGCCAUUCUCUCGAAUCUUAUUGUUUUUGGAUAUAUGACGUUUUCACUGAAUACUAAUUUGUAAAUUGAGAAAUAUUUGUGUGUGAAUUUUAUUUUCAUGUUAGCAAAUAAUCGCGGAAAACAUGGUGAGAAAAAGAAAAUCUAGUUGAAAUUACUGUAAUGGAGAAGUCAACACGCUAAAUUUUAAAUUCGCAAAAGUUGCAAUUUUGCAAAAGUAUGAUAAAAUGGCAGUGAAUAUAGGCCUAUCCGGCUUUACAGCACACUGAUGUCCCACUGGUAUGUAUGGUCCAAAUAAGAAAAAUGGUUAAUAUAUGCAAGUAUUAAUGAAUACUUGAUAUAUGGUAUGCUUUCGUAAUUCUGUUUUUUGUACUAUUUGUGACCUGGUGUUGUAAGGUCUGACCAAUUAUACAAACGAAGGUAGUGACUCGUGCCUGUGUUCUUCUGUCUCAAAACUGUUGUAAGCUCUGAAUCAUGAGUAAACUGUUCAAUUCAUUUUGUGUACAAUUGCCAAGGUAUUUUCCUGAUGUUAGAAUUCAUGAGAUGGCAAUAAAAUUCACUUGUCAUGAAAAUACAAUUGUUCCUUUUUCUCUGCAAUAUAAGUGCAUAGAGUGUGCGUAAGUUCUGCCAA